AUGGAUCAAAAAUUAAUAGAAUUAGAUAUAUGUAUAAAUAAAUAUGCAACAUAUCCAGAAUAUAAUAAGUUAUAUGAAUCUGAUAAAGUAUCAACAAAAUUACCUGAACAAAUCCUGAUAUAUCUUAAUUGUAAUUUUGUAAAACAUUCUAGUUACCCAAUAUCUAAAAUGAAGCAACUUUGUAACCAACAAUUGGCAAAGGAGAAAUUUAGAAUAGAACUUUUGAGAAUUAUUCUCAUAAAUAAUUCUUUGGAUGAAGUUGUAUCAAAUGUCAAAACAAAUAUCAGAUUAUCUGAUUCUUUAACGAUAUUAAAAGGAAGAAGAUCAGAUAGUAGCAUAGAUAUUUCAGAUGAAUUUAAAACACAAAAUCUUCUUCAAUUUUAUAAAUUAAGAAAUAUUAUUGAUCAAGGAGAAUCUUUUGGCUAUGAACCAUUUCCUUGUAUAUUUCUUGAUUCAAAAUUAGAAAAUGCCAUUUUACAAAAUGAUAUUUUAGACCUUUUAGUCAAAUUUUAUAACAAUGGAGUAACAGGUUAUCAAUUUACCACUCCAGAAGAUAUAUCAGAAAUUGAUCAAAUAUCUGUAUUUCCCAAAAUAAUUUAA